GUUUCACGUUAUCGUAUAAUAAUGACGAACAACUUUUACCGAUGCCGGAAACAACGUGUAACUCAAAUAGUCCAAUCAACUUUCACUGAUAAUCAAAUCACUAGUAACAGUAGAGCAUCUAUUGUAUAUAGUUGACUUUUCACUAAUCUUUAUAAUUUUGGUUAUAAAAAAAAACAAAACAUGUUGCAAAGAAUUGUUUAGACUUUGUACAGAUUAAAUCGAUUUGAAUGCGUCACUGGCGUUCAAAAAUAAUGACCUCGCGGUAUUUACCAACACUUUGGAACUUAGACGUUAGAUCCAGGAAUAAAUAUUUGUCUUUAUUUGGCGCAGCAACUAUAGGUUGAACACGUUUGAGAAAAUUAAUAAUAAAACGAUGAUUUCUGUAUAUCACUGGAAUGUACCACUGAAAUAGUAGUUGUGAUUAUGAAAGUCCUUCGUGAAAUGACAAACUUCAUGCUCCGCACGAUAUACAAGGUUCUAGAGAUGCGGCAAAACCCACGAAGGAUAUAAUGAAGCUGGACUUCAGUGGAUACAUUGGUUCACUUCACAAUGUCACUUUCGUUGACAAUAAUGGCAGACAAAUACCAAAUGGGUUAUUUAAUGUAAUGCGAGACUUUUUGGUCAUGGACAAUGCUUAUUCAAACAACAGUAAAGCGAUUGAUGUUGAAGUAAUCGAUAUUCCUCGACAGCCAUUCCACGUAUUGAUCCAAGGAAAAGAUGCCCAAGGUAACCACUUUUCGCGAGUGACAUAUCUUGAUAAUUACACAUCCAGCAACAUUUUUCCACAGCCAAUUUUGAGUAUCGAAGUAGGUGAAGGCUCUGACCUGAUAACCUCAGCAGGAAAAUCAUCUGUGAUAACAUUUGAGGUCACAAAUUAUAGAAAUACAGCGGCUGAUGUGCGGUUUUACUGUACUGAUGAAAAAUCCAUAUUGGGAAGCAUGCAACCAUACAGGCAAAUCAUAAGUCCCCAACAAACUACUACAGUAACACUCACAUUAGCUGUUCGAUAUGGAACGUAUCAAGAUACAAUAACAUUUAAAGCCACCGUUGGAUCGGAAGUGGUUGAGAAGAAAGUACUUGUGGAUGUGGGCAUGCAACCUUUAACAGACAACACGGGGCCUAGCUUGGAAUACUCCUACCUCAGUGAUUGCUCGAAAGUAGUUUUUGCCAAUUGCGAUCAGGGUACUUGGACUAUUGAAGUCAAGGCAAGGGAUACUGGUUCAGGUCUCCUUCAAGUAAAUUCAAAUCCGAAAGGUCUCUACUUCAGUAACGGUUACACCACAGGAACCAAAGAAGAAGUAGUAGGAUCUUACAGCGAUUCCUGUUGCAAUGCAGAUUUGCAAGUGACUGCUGUUGAUCGGAUGAACAAUCGUAGAACAAUCACUGCCAAUGCAUAUCAUGCGUCAUUGGGCCCUGGUCAAAUAUCUGCCAUAGUGUUGGGAAUAAUAUUGUUAAUAAUUAUUAUUAUUCUCAUAGUUUAUUUUGUGAGGAAAUGUCUGAAGAAAAAAGAAACGUUUGACCUUCCAACCUACCGAGGGGGUCGAAUAUGACAAUUAAUUCAUUCCAUAUCAGAUGAACAGAAGUUUUGGUAACAAUAUCGAGAAAAAAUCAGACUGAGUGGUCAAUGGAAUAAAGAUGCGUUUUUUUGUUAGCCUUCAUUCUACAAUUAUGAAGCGUAGCUCUAAAAGUAUGAUACAAAUCUCUACAUUUCCAAAAUAUUGUUCAUAUCUACACAUUCAAAAACGAACAAAUAAAGUGUGUCUCAUUUUUAAAAGUUCAAUCAAAAACAAUGUUGAAAUUCAUUUCAUUUUAUACUUGUACAUAAUCUGCUGACCAUUUGUGAAAAUAUAUUUUUUCCAUACAGCUAA